AUGCAGUGCCUGAGGCUGUUGAGCUGGAUCAAGUUGAAACUAAAGCCUGGAGAAGUGGCUCUGGGUUUUUUGUUCCAAGGAGGACCUCUGGUCUUGGAUGGGAUGGCACUACCCAAACAGACCCUGUGCUUCUCCGGCCUUCAUCUCAGCUCCUUGGACCAAGGAGCUGAAGCGGAGCCAGUCAAACCGAGGCACGACAUCCAGAGCCCCGCCGCCACUUCCCAGGCAGAUGGGUCCCAGUCGAGCCGCAGGCCAAGUCCUCAGGAGAGUCUUGUGUCCUUGAGGAGGUGGCUGUAUUUCUCUGAGGAGGAAUGGUCUCAUGGAUCCUGCCCAAGCUGCAUUGAAGUCAUGCUUGAAAACCAUCGGAACGUGGUCUCUCUGGGUAAUAAUGGGCAGGAGAAUCAAGAUUCCUGUGAACUGUUCCAAGUGAUCAAUGCUAAAGAUGGAGCAGAGAAGUUUGGAAUUCGAAUGGAAUUAGAAACCCAUGAUAGAAACCAGUCAAAUGAUUGGAAUCGGGAAAGCUCAUCUUCCGCUAAUGCUCCGAUACAAAACUUUCAUGCCGAACAGGAGAAAAUAAGGAAAAAAUAUAUUGGGAAAAGUUUGAAGCCAAUCAAAGCUAAAUUACUGGUAAAAGAACACUAUUUAAGCCAAAACGAAGGAGAAGAUGAUAUAAGAAGACACAACGGAAAAAGUUACAAUGAGACAUUCAUUCCUUCUCUUGGAAAUAAGUUCCUUACACCUCAAAAAAUGAUUGACGCAAAAGUAAAGCCUUAUCAAUGUUUGGAAUGUGGAACAUGUUUUAGAACAAGCAGGCAACUUACUUCCCAUGAAAGGAUUCACACUGGGGAGAAGCUAUACAAAUGCAGAGAGCCUGGUAACAGGUUCAGAAGACAUAGUAAUCUUAUUUCCCAUAAAAGGAUCCACUCAGGAGAGAAACUGUAUAAAUGCAUGGAGUGUGGAAAGACCUUUGCUUAUAGUAAUGUACUUACUAUCCACAAAAUGAUCCACACAGGGAAAAAACCAUUUAAAUGCAUGGAGUGUGGAAAGACCUUUGCUCAAAGACAUAUUCGCCAUAAGAGGAUCCACACAGGGGAGAAGCCAUAUAAAUGCAUGGAAUGUGGAAAGACCUUUGCUCAAAGAAGUAAUCUUAUUCGCCAUAAGAGGAUCCACAUAGGGCAGAAGCCGUAUAAAUGCAUGGAGUGUGGAGGGACCUUUGCUGACAGAAGUAGUCUUAUUCGCCAUAAGAUGAUCCACACAGGGGAGAAGCCGUAUAAAUGUAUGGAGUGUGGAAAGACCUUUGCUCAAAAGGAUCCACAGGAGAAGCCAUAUAAAUGCAUGGAGUGUGGAAACACCUUUGCUAAAGAGCGUCAUUCAGCAGGCACAGGAGGCGGAUCGCCCAGGUGCUCCUUGUGA